AUGCUGGCAGUGGUGUUUAUAAUCGUGACGUGCGCUGUUUGGGCGUGGUGGGCGAGAAACUCCAACAAAAACGAGCCCCCAGCCAUCCCUGGUGGGUUGCCCAUCAUUGGGCACGCGCAUCUGUUAAUUGGAGAUAGUAUACAAUUAUGGAAUACAGUGAAGGAGCUAUCCUACGAGAGUUUGAAAGCUGGCGGGGCCAUAGCAGCGUCCAUAGGGCCUCGGACGAUUUACGUUGUGACGGACCCGGACGACUAUCUGACCGUCGCUAACACGUGUUUACAAAAAGACAACUUUUACGAAUUCGCCAAACCGUGGCUAGGGGAAGGACUAGUCACUGGUGACUUACCGAUAUGGAAGGUGCAUCGAAGGCUACUGAACCCAGCGUUCAGCCAGGUAGUUCUGGACGGUUUCUUGGGCGUGUUCAACGGCCAGUCUCGGCGCCUCGUCAGAGAUCUGGAGGCUGAAGUGGGCAAAGGACCGUUUGACCACUGGGUGUACACCCGCCAUAAUGCUCUGGAAACUAUAUGCUUAACUGCACUGGGGGUGGACUUCACAGACAAGAGCGUGCUGAACAGCGAGUACGUGAAUGCAGCGGAACAGAUGUUCAACAUCCUGGUGGACAGGUUCCAGAGGUUCUGGCUGCACAGCCACUGGCUCUACAGCUGGUCUGGCUUGCGGACGAAACAGGACCAGUGUCUGAAGAUCUUGCACAACAUGUCAAACACUGUCUUACAAAAGAGAAAAGCAGACUAUUUGAGAAACAGAGAUUGCAAGGAUGUUGAACAGAAGACAAAAGGUCUAAAAUUCAAGCCUUUUAUGGAUCUCCUUCUGGAACUGGCGAUAGAGAAGGGUGCCUUCAACGACCGGGAGAUCAGAGAACACGUGGACACGAUGAUAGUAGGUGGUCACGACACCUCAGCCAGCGUGCUCAUGUACACCAUGCUCAUGAUCGGGUCCUAUCCUCAAGUACAAGAGAAAAUUUUCGAAGAGCUGAACAGCGUGUUCGGAGAUGAGGACAGGGAUGUGACGAAGCAGGACCUGUCCCAGCUGGUGUACCUGGAGGCUGUGCUGAAGGAGACCAUGCGAAUCUACCCCAUCGUACCCGUCACCGCGAGACGCCUUGACAGAGAUGUCAAGCUACGAAACUACACUCUAACGAGAGGGCGGACGUGUUUCAUGUUUGUGUAUGGGGUCCACAGACACCCCAUGUGGGGUCCGGACGCUGAGGAGUUCAAGCCGGAGCGUUGGCUCGACCCCGCAACGUUACCCGAGUGCCCCACCGCGUUCGCUGGCUUUAGUAUGGGAAGAAGGAUUUGUAUAGGAAAGUCUUACGCCUACAUGUCAAUGAAAACGACCCUAGCGCAUGUGUUCCGACACUACAAAGUGUCCGGAGACCACACCAAACUCGUCGCCAAGAUCGACGUCAUGCUGAAGCCGGUCUCGGGACACUACGUCACGAUAGAGCGGAGAAAAAUGUAAUGCGCUGCCGAUCAUUGUAU